AUGCUCUUGUCUCUGACGCUCUUCCUGUGGAGGCUCUACCGACAUUUCUCCAUCAUGUUCAGCUCAGAAAGACUCACAGUCCCGGAGUAUGUCAGCCGGCUGCAGAGAGGGAGGAGCGGACCCGGACCCGCAUCGGGCUCUGAACCCAAAGCAGUCUCUCCAGGCAUCCACGCCGACGUCCAGGCGGUGCUGAACACCUCCAUCCCCGCCCUGCGCUCCGCCAUCAGGAGGCUGAAGUCCUCCAGUGAAACCUCUGAUUCGGAUGAGACCCGCGGUGCAGUGGCGGAGCUCUUCCAGCUGGUGGAGGAGGCCUGGGUUUUGCCCGCUGUGGGCCGCCAAGUGGCCGAGGAGAUCUGCAACAGGAUCCGUCUGGAUGGAGGCCUGGAGCUGCUGCUGCAGCUUCAACAGACACCUGCUGUGGAGAUCACCUAUGAGUCUGCAAAGCUGCUGGAGCAGAUACUGAUCUCAGAGAACAGAGAUUACAUAGCACGUAUGGGUCUGGGGGUCGUCCUCAACCUGACUCGACAUCAGGAAGACGCCCAGCUGGCUCGCAGUGUCUCAGGGAUCCUGGAGCACAUGUUCAAACACAGCGAGGAGACGUCGGUCCACCUCAUCUCUAACGGUGCCCUGGACGCCCUCCUCUUCUGGUGCCGAGGUACGGACCCCACUGUGCUGCGCCACUGUGCUGUGGCUCUAGCAAACUGUGCCAUGUACGGAGGCCACCGCUGCCAGCGAUUGAUGAUCGAGAAACAGGCCGCCGAGUGGCUUUUCCCACUGGCCUUUUCCAAAGAGGAUGAACUCAUUCGCUUCCACGCGUGUCUGGCCGUGACAGUGUUAGCUGCAAACAAAGAAAUUGAGAAAGAGGUGGUGAAAUCUGGAACCUUGGAGUUGGUGGAGCCGUUCAUUGCUUCUUUGGACCCGGAUGACUUUGCCCGCAGUUUGUUGGACAGUGCAGACUGCAUGCAGGGUAAGACAGCGGCUGAUCUGCAGCAUCUUUUGCCAUUACUGGAUGGCACAAGAGCGGAAGGAAAGUGCAUUGCAGCCUUUUACCUUUGUGUUGAGACCAGCAUCAAGUCUCGCCAGCGCAACACUAAGAUAUUUCAAGAGAUCGGAGCGGUGCAGAGCCUCAAAAGAAUUGUCAUGUACUCCACUAAUGGCACGGCCUGCACCCUCGCCAAGCGGGCACUGAGCAUGAUGGGGGAGGAAGUGCCCAAACAUAUCCUGUCAUGUGUGCCCAACUGGAAAACCUUUGAAGUGCAGACCUGGCUGCAGCAGGUUGGCUUUAGUGCCUACUGUGACCGGUUCCAGGAGCUCCAGGUGGAUGGAGACCUCCUGCUGAACAUCACAGACCAGGAACUGAGCACUGAUCUUGGCAUGACUGCAGGCCUCACUCGCAAGAGGUUUUUGAGAGACUUGCGUGUGUUGAAGACGUAUGCCAACUACUCAACAUGUGACCCAAACAAUAUGGCUGACUGGUUGGUUGAGGUGGACCCUCGUUUCCGUCAGUACACCUAUGGCCUGGUCCAGUCAGGCGUGGAUCGCAACAUUGUCCAGAGCCUGACCGAUCUGCAGCUCCAACACGACUGCCACAUAGACAACGGAGUCCACAGGGCCAGGAUACUCUCUGCUAACCGAAGGCCCUCAAAACCGUGCCACGCAGAUGCCCAGCCUGCAGGGCCCGACGUGUUCAUCAGCUAUCGUCGGACCACCGGCUCCCAGCUGGCCAGUCUUCUGAAGGUGCACCUGCAGGUCCGAGGAUACAGUGUCUUCAUAGAUGUGGAGAAGCUGGAGUCCGGUAAAUUCGAGGACAAACUGAUCCAGAGCGUUCAGCGGGCCCGUAACUUCAUCCUGGUCCUGUCCGCCAACGCGCUCGACAAGUGCAUGGGUGACACCGCCAUGAAGGACUGGGUGCAUAAGGAGAUAGCCACAGCCUUGGCUGGUAAGAAGAACAUAGUUCCUGUCACAGAUAAAUUUAUGUGGCCCGAUCCCACAUCUCUGCCGGAGGACAUGAGAGCAAUUCUGAACUUCAAUGGAAUCAAAUGGUCCCAUGAAUAUCAAGAGGCCACGAUUGAGAAAAUCCUACGCUUCCUGAAAGGACAACAAGACCAAACCGACGGCAUAGACGCCUCCAAAGGGCAGAAAAAUAAAUAA